AUGGCUACUCCUUUCCCACCUGAGGAGGUCCUAGUUAUCACUUCAUCUUCAGUGAUAGCUAAUACUCCUAGAGAAGACAUUGGUAGCUCACCAAUUCUUUGUCCACUAUCACUAUCGAGCUCCAGUUCUUCUUCUCUUGACUUACUGGUGGCCAGGACUAUAGACACUGUUAAGGACACUGCAUCCUCCUCUCCUAUCAUUAUGCAGCCAUCUCUUCCUUCCACUAGAGACUUUUCUGCACCUCCAAUUGAAAUUUUGCUUUCAUAUGUGAUGGAAAUGUCUGAAUUGGAAAAAAUGGUGACAAGAAUGGCGAUACAAAGCUUUGGUGUUGAGAAAUACUACGAAUCUCAUAUUGAAUCAAUUAGCUACAAUUUUGUACUCUUAAAAUACAGAGAACCAAUGACAGAUGAGACUCAACUCGGUGUGCCUAGUCAUACCGAUAAGAGCUUUCUCACCAUACUUCAUCAGAAUCAAAUUAGCGGCUUAGAAUUGGAAACGAAGAAAGGCAAAUGGAUUAGGCUGACUCCUUCACCUUCCUCGUUUGUAGUCAUGGUUAGCGACGCGUUUCACGCAUGGACUAAUGGAAGAGUACAUUGCCUUCGACACCAUGUAGUGGUGAGUGGGAACAAAGUUCGAUAUAUGCUCCUAUUCUUCUCGUAUAGCAGUGAAUUCGAUGUCCAGAAAAGAUGA